AUGUCGCAAUGGAAAUCAUCCAUCGUCACCUGCGAUCCGCCUCUUGGAUCAGCCACAGUACUGAAUGAGAAGGACGCGACCUUCACGGUGGGAGUACCAGCUCUGGAAUUGGAGCACGGUGGCGUCAUCAAUGGCGUCUGGAUCUGGCACAACUACGGGGAGACGUGGAACGAGCUGCCGCUGCGGGAACACAAGACGCGCAUCGUAGGCUCGGAUCAGCAGGACCGCCGGUUUUUCCGGGGCGAACUGCCUCGCCUGCCGGACAAGUCUAAUUUCAGGUUCACGCUGCGGCUUGAGACGGACACCAACCGGACCUUGUGGAUCAAGGACCUCCAGGGUAUCGAUGACGGAGAGGUGUUCUUCCAGUCUGCCGGAUUUCCAAGCCGAGAUGUCGGUCACUACCUGGAGGGAAUCAACGAGUCGGGGUUUACGGCGUCUGUCGUUGGGCAAAAGGACAAGAUCGACGACUGCAUGGUUUGGAAUCUCGCGGCGUCCAUCCCGCCAGCCCAGGGGCCAGAGUCUGGACGGGCCAGCAGGAGAUUGGGCAAGCCCGACUGCGCGCGCUGGUUUGCGACGGUACGGCACAAUCUGAACUGGUUCGGUCCCAGGCAGGGGACAGAUUUCAUGCAGCUGGACAAGGAAGCAGUGCUCGUGUCGUUCCUGAGGAGGGAUGGCUUGCACGUCGUCCUGCUUCCGGUCGGCGGCCUCGAUAGCUCCCUUACGACACUGAUUACAGAUCACGAGGGUGCCUUGGCUGCCGUGUCGAGGAACGAAGAUGAAUCCGACGGCCAGGCCCGCUUGCUCGUGUCGGUCGCGACAGGGUUUGAGCAGGCGCUGAGUAGCGUCAUGGCAGAGGCCAAGCGGAUGGCUUCCUCCAAGCUCCACAACGGGAACGGGCACCAGAACGGGCACCAGAACGGGCACCAGAACGGCCAUUCGCAAAAUGGAGGUCCCAAACACUCUUUGACCCAGGCUAGAGCGCAAAUCGACGACUGGAACGAUGGAUUUGCAUACUGCACGUGGAACAGCCUUGGCCAAGAUCUCAGCCACGACAAGAUUCUAGGCGCCCUGACUAGGCUCUCGGAGAGUGGAAUCAACAUAGCAAACUUGAUCAUCGAUGACAACUGGCAGUCCCUUGAUGGCGACGGGUCAGAUGCUUCUCGUCGGCGCUGGGAACGGUUUGAGGCAAACCAGCAAGGUUUCCCACAGGGUCUCAAAGGGCUGGUAUCAGAGAUCCGAAAGCAAAACCCCCAGAUUCGCAACAUUGCCGUCUGGCAUGGCAUAUUUGGCUACUGGGGCGGCAUGUCACCCAGCGGUCCGAUGGCGAGCAAAUACAAAAUGCGCAAGAUACAGCUGCGCGACGAGGCAGAAGUUCAACCGAAAGAUUUCGACUUUUACACGGUUGACGGCGAGGACGUCCACAAAAUGUACGACGACUUUUACGCCUUCCUCGCCGACUGCGGCGUCAGCGCGGCAAAAGUCGACACGCAGGGCUUCCUCGACUACCCGGCACACGCAAACGACCGGAAGAAUCUCAUCCGGCCCUACCAAGACGCCUGGACCGCAGCGGCCAGCAAGCACUUUGGCGGCCGUGCCAUUGCCUGCAUGGCCCAAACCCCCCAGUCAAUCUUGCACUCGCUCCUGCAGCAGGGGCGCAGCGAGGGUCCCAUGCUCAUGGCGCGCAACUCGGACGACUUUUUCCCCGACGAGGUCGGGUCGCACACGUGGCACGUGUUUUGCAACGCCCACAAUGCGCUCCUGAUGCGGCACCUCGGCGUCCUGUUGGACUGGGACAUGUUCCAGACCACGACGCCCAAGUACGCCGCGCUGCACGCCGUGGCCAGGUCCAUGUCCGGCGGUCCGAUAUACAUCACGGACGCGCCGGGCGAGCACGACGUGGAGCUCAUCAAGCAGAUGACGGCGCAGACGGCGGAUGGGAGGACCAUUGCCCUCCGGGCCGACGAGCCCGGCAGGACCUUGUGGCCGUACGGAGGACACGGCGAGCAGAGGCUGCUCCGGGUGCGGAGUGGCCACCAAGGCGUGGGCAUGCUUGGCGUUUUCAACGUGUGCAAUCGGGGCAGCCUGCUGGGCGAGCAGGUCCGGCUCGAUGACAUUUUCGAUGGUGAAAAGGCCGGCGAGGGCAGUUUUGUCAUUUCCCGGUUCAGCACGGGCGAAAUGAUAGCACCGGCCAGCCGAGAGACGGUGAUUGAAGUCGGGCUGGAGGAGGGUGGCUUUGAGAUUUUCACGGCUUACCCCAUCACGAAGCUCGGUGGCCUCGCCGUUGCGACCCUGGGACUCGUCGGGAAGAUGGCCACAGCUGCGGCGGUGUCGCACGUGAGCUACUCCAAGCACCAUGAGGGGUUCAUACCGGUCGGUGUUGAAGUGUCUGUAUCCCUGAAGGCUCUGGGAACUUUGGGUAUAUUUGCACAGUCUUGUGAUGCAGAAGAUUCAAGAAAGGUCGGAGUAAAGACCAUUGUCGCCAUGGACAAAGCCGUGUCCAACCCGCAAAGGUUUUCUUCCACGGGCAGUCAAGGCGAGAUAAGGCUGGAUUUGGAGUCUCUCUCGAUUGACCUGGGAUUAGAUUCGUGCUAUCGAGACGAAUCCACCGUCGACCUGACCAUUGUGCUGCAGUUUGAAGAAGACAUUGAAGACUCGGACGGCUUCUUGGCGGAAAGCGACAGCCCAGAGGCAGCAGUUGCGUGGUGGUGGCGUUGCACCAUCCUGUAGGGCGGGUAGGGAUGGGUGAGCAUAUGCAUCUGAUUUUGGUUUUGUUGUUUGUGAUAAAAAGGGGGACGGAUAGAGCUUUGUAAUCCGUGUAAUGGUUAAUAAUUCUGUACGAUGUUGAUAUUUGGAGGGCUGCAGUACGUAUCAGUUGCAAAAAGUCUAGUCACGAGUUCAUUGGAAUAAUUAAAGCAACGGCAUUUUCGUGGACAAGGGAACAUGCAGCUUCUCAGUUCUUUAGGGGCACGGACACGGAUUGAUAGUCUUUCUUGCCUUUCUUGGCUAAUCUCAAAGGCGC